UUGGCCCCGCCCCGCUGGGCUGCGAUUGGCCGGUUUUGGUGGAGAGGAAGCGGAACACUAAUGGUCACCGUGCGUCGGGCUGUGGAUGCUCGGGUCGCCCGUUAGCUGCGUGUAACGGUUACUGCCUCUUGGCAUCGACGCUCGUGAUUUCUGAGGAGGAGAGAGCAGGAGAACCAACUUACCGCCAUCAUGUCGAGCAAAAGGGCCAAGGGAAAGAACACCAAGAAGCGUCCUCAGCGCGCCACGUCCAAUGUGUUUGCCAUGUUUGACCAGUCUCAAAUUCAGGAGUUCAAGGAGGCCUUCAACAUGAUCGACCAAAACAGGGAUGGUUUUAUUGACAAAGAAGACCUUCAUGACAUGCUGGCCUCAUUAGGUAAGAAUCCCACAGAGGAGUACCUGGAGACGAUGAUGAACGAAGCUCCGGGCCCGAUCAACUUCACCAUGUUCCUGACCAUGUUCGGAGAGAAGCUCAACGGCACAGAUCCGGAGGACGUGAUCCGUAACGCCUUUGCCUGCUUCGACGAAGAGGCCACGGGUAUAAUCCAGGAGGAGAACCUGCGGGAGCUGCUCACCACGAUGGGCGACAGGUUUUCGGAUGAUGAGGUGGACGAGCUCUUCCGAGAGGCGCCCAUCGACAAGAAAGGCAACUUCAACUACGUAGCAUUCACACGCAUACUGAAGCACGGGGCCAAGGACAGAGAUGAUUAGUGACAGGAGCUAACUCUCUAAUCAGGGUCCAUUGUGUUCCUAUCAUGUCUAUCAAGUCAGAACAGCAAUGUCCUGUUAUUUAUCUCGUGGAAAGCUCCUCUGGGGUAUAGCUCCGUGGAGGUCAUUUGUUUAAGCUGCUUGUGGGACCACACUGUACCUCUGAGACCCCCCCCCCCCUUCUAACUCCUCAAGCCCUUCUCCCAAAGCUCAUUUGCACAUCUGUGAAAACACUAUCGGGUCUGUAUAAGCUAAUGAAGAUGAAUGAAAGACCCACAUGGAUAAAGCUGGAAAUAAAAACAAGAUGGUCGUUGUGAUUA